AGUUUUAGCAUAGGUUAGUUUGUAUCCAAAAUGGCCGCUGCCAGGACGGAUGCCACGUCCGAAACGGAUUUUGAAAAGAUUCAGAACCUUACAGACGUAACAGAGAUGCAAAAAGCUCUCGAAAAAUUAAACAGUGAAGAGGAUUUCAUGAAUGAGGAUUUAAGCAGUCUGCUAGAAAGACAAGCCAACUUGGAAGACAAGAUGCUCACGCUCCACAGAACACUACCAAACCUUCAGAUGUUACAGACCGAUUCCAAACAAUUGUCCAGCAUGGUUUCCUUCACAUCAACAUUGGCUGAAAAUGUCAGCAGUAAAGUCAGACAGUUAGAUCUUGCCAAGAAUCGUGUGACAGCUUGCAUACAGAGAGUGGAAGACAUUCUAGAUUUGAAAUACUGCACAGAUGGUGUUCAGCAAGCAUUACAAAAUGAAGAUUAUGAAAAGGCAGCAGGUCAUAUCCACAGAUUCAGGAGUUUAGAUGAAAAUGUUCUACGGAUGAGUGAAAUAGCCGGUGAAGGCAUGUCUAGCAGCUCAUUAGAUAUUUCCUUCAAGCUUCUACACGAGUCGGAGGAGAAAUUACGAGUAAUUGUAAACUCAAAGUUCGAUGCAUCCGUUCACUCUCGAGAUGUGGCAUCCAUUGAGAGAUUCUUUAAGAUAUUUCCACUACUGGGACUGUAUGAGGACGGCUUAACAAAGUUCGGAAAAUACCUAGCAGCAAAGCUAUCAGAAGAUGCAGACAAGAGUUUAAAGUUGGCGUUACAUGGAGUAGAUCCAGACGAUAGACGCUCAAGUGUUAUAUUUGCAGAUACCAUAACAAAACUCUUUGAAGAUAUUGCAAGAAUUGUUGAAAUUCAUCAACCGCUUGUGGAAACCUAUUAUGGUGCCGGAAGACUAAUUAUGUUGGUGAGCAUUUUACAGAAAGAAUGUGAUAGGCAGACCAGAAGAUUAGUGAAAGAAUUUAGAAACAAAAGAGAUUUUGAUCUGCGGCUUCAGCAAGUGCAACAAAGCUUGAUGUUCCAUAAACAACCUAAUGCUGAAAAACCAGAUUCGAAGGACCUGGAUGUUUUAUUAUCAGAGGUGGUCUUACUAAACACAAGAGCAGAGUUGUAUCUCAGAUUUGUUAGAAGGAGAUUGAUGGGAGAUUUUGAAUCAGCAUUCCAAGACUCCGAAACAAGAGCAGAGAAAGAGAAAGAGGUAGACAAAUUUAUACAAGAUUGUGAUACAAGUAGAAUAAUGAUGGAUUUGAUAGGGAACUAUAUCACGAUGGAGGAAUACUUCAUGAGAGAAAUGGUGCUCAAGGCAGUUGCCAUGGAUUCUAUAGAUACAGGGACACCAACAUCUAGUAUGGUAGAUGAUUCCUUCUUUAUAGUGAAAAAAUGUGUAAGACGUGCCAUGUCCAGUUCAAGUGUUGACGGUGUGUGUGCAAUGUUAAAUCAUGCAUGUACAAUAUUGGAACAAGAUUUCAGAGAAGUACUAUAUUCAAGAGUACGGGCUGGGUUCCCAUCAGGGUUUGAUCUGACACAAGCUUACAACAUGGUUAUACAGCAAGGGAAAUCAACAGAUACAGAAAAAGCAAAAACUCAGUUCAUAACUACAUUGAACAAUGCUGAAGUGAGUUGUGACUACUGUAAGCAACUGAAGGCAAACCUAGAGGACGAGGUGUCAAAACUAUACACACAGUGCACAGAACAAAGUAAAGCUAAAUUAGAGAGUUGUUUAACUGACAUUGGAGCAUCAGCGACAAGGUUUAAAGAUGUUGUUGAGUUUGGCUUUACACAACUAACCACAGCUGUGAUAAAACCGAGAUUAAAACCUCAAAUUGAUAUCUUCCUUUCUACUACUCAUAAUAUGAGUGAUGAUGAAUACACCAAUUUUGAGGCCAAUGAUCCAUGGGUCCAGAAUUUUAUUGUUUCAUUAGAUAGCAUGCUUGGCAAUUUUAAGGAAUCUCUAACUGGCAACAAUUAUGAAAGGUUUGUGAGUUUGGUCACUGGGGAAAUUACAACAUCACUGGAAAAAUCAGUUCUGAAAUCUACUUUUAAUAGGUUGGGCGGUUUACAGUUUGACAAAGAGUUACGAGUGUUGGUGGGAUAUUUAACAUCAGUCACAACUUGGACAAUUCGAGACAAAUUUGCUAGACUCACGCAAAUGGCAACAGUUCUAAAUUUAGAAAAGGUAGAUGAAUUACUAGAUUAUUGGGGACCUAACUCGGGACCACUGACAUGGAGACUCACACCAUCAGAGGUUAGGCAGGUGCUCUCAUUGAGAAUAGACUUCAGGACAGAAGAAAUCAAAAGACUGAAAUUGUGAUAACUGGUUUAUACGGAGUAAUGCAGUAUUCUGUGCCGAAAUCCAUUCCUUAUGUUCACAUGUGGACCAAUCAUUGGUGUCCUCUGUAUACAGUCAGUGGGAACCAGCUCGACCAAAAUGCUACAGUUACAGUUGAAGAGCCCAGGACCCAAGAUGACCUAGGUUGGACAACUUAGGUUUUUUGGACGGUUUCAUGUUGUACAUGAUUAAAUUAAAUGAGCUUGUGCAAAUGCAUAAAUUCAUAAUAUCUGGUUUAGUUUUAAGAUCUGUGUGAAAGUGAAAAUAUAUUUUAGCAAAUGAAAUUUGCCUAAUGAUAGUCCCAGUGGAAUUGAUAGUCGAGGAAUUCUGUCAUUUUUUAUGUGUCAUAUAGACUUAAGCAUAGAUGGGUAUAACAGAUGUUAACAGAGCAUUGCAGUGUGAUGUUUUAGGCUCAAAUGGUAUAAAACAGAGCUUUGAAGACCAUUCUGAAGACACAAUGAUCUGAUUGGCUGAAUCUAAGCUCAAUUUUGAAACUGACCAAUAGCAUGGUGACAUUUUCAGACUGGUCUUCAAACUCAAGUUUUUUUUUACUGUAGAGUCAGGUGUUCCAUUUAAAUGCUUGUGUCACACGUAAUAUUUUAUUAUUGUCUAUAUCUU